CCUCUCAUAGGCUUUUCUAGGCUGAGGCCUGAUCAGAGCCCAGUGGACACCAAUGACAUCAAAAAGUGGAGGUUGUCACAAAGGCAACUCCCUGACCAAUGAGGGGCUGGAGCAUAGGGAUACAGUGGGUGGCAAUAAGCACUGGUACCUUGAGAGGCUCAGGCCAGCAGGAAAAUCAAGCUGUGCCAAUUGGGGCAAAACCCAGCAAUUCCUCAUGGCUGGAAACAAAAUGUUCUGUAGGCCUAGGAGACAACGCCUUUCCCAUUCCAGAAGAGCAGAGCUGCAGUUUCCUGUCAGCCACUUGGAACGCUGCCUGCGAGAAAGUCAGCAUGCCUGGCACCUGAGCUCAACCACACCUGUUUUCCUGGCUGGUGUUCUCGAGUAUCUGACAGCCAACAUCCUGGAAAAGGUGGGCAAGGAGGUCAAGAACAGCUGCAGGCUGUGCAUCACCCCAGAACACGUGAAGAGGGCACUGCAAAAGGAUGAGCAGCUCAGAUGGAUCUUGGAGUUGGAAGAUGACACCCACUCUCAAGUAGAAGAAAUGCCCCAAUCUGAGGAGGAAGAGGAGGAGGAGGAGAAGGAGGAGGAGAUGGUGGUGCUGGUGGUGAUGGGGGGAAGGAGGAGGAGGAGGAGAAGAAGGAGGAGGAAGGAUUCCUGAGUUUCGGAGCCAUGCGGGACUUCAUCAGCAACCUCCUCCAGAUGCCAAAAUUCCCAUAGAUGAAAGACCCCAGGUUGCUUCCAUCUGCCCAAGCUAUUAAACUGUGUAAAUGCAUGACAGUGCUCCUGACUCGUCUCCGUUUCCGUUGCUUUGGGUUGGAGGUGUCUGUGAGACAUCAAGGAGAAGCUAUCCCCAGAGAGCUGAAGCGGGGGAAGGGGUGGCCAGUGUGGAGUGUUUGAAUCAGUGAUUUAGAGGGGGCAGUUUCCAAUGGUGACAGUGAGGGCGCCGGCCCUGUGGGGAGGAACUGGCUGGGAUAAAGACACCGAGACUUCCUCAUUGUCUCUGAACAGGAAGACCUUGUGAGGCCAGGGAGUUGGCUGGGGUCCUCCGAGGCUUGUUGAAUUCCCAGCCUGA